AUGGACGGAGAGGCGAGGCCUGAAAGGUUAGAAGAGGAAAACAAAAGUGGUGGCGACGACCUUGACUCCUUUCGGUUGUUGUUCUUAAGAGGAACGUGGGCGGUGAUGGUCGUUGGCGGGGGUUGCGGAGGACGCAUUUCCAGACUACCGAAUCGAAGGAAAUUGAGAGACUUUGCUUCACCGACGCGAAGAGGAGAAUACUUCAUUACGUCGGACAUCGAGCAAGUGCACGCACAGUGGAAUAACGAGAAACAAUUGGAGAGCGACGUUGCAGAGCCGUCGUUGCGCUCUUUUCUCUAAUUUCCCAACAAGGUAGUUUCCUUUUGGUUAAAAAGACCGCGGUGCUGCCACGAUGAUCAAAAGGGGGAAAGAAGACGAGGACAAAAAGGAGAACGAAACACAGCAUCAUGGGAGAGAGUCAAAGAAUUUUCACUGGUGGAGCGCGCGCGCGCGCAGUGCACACACUAUGCAUACACACACAC